AUGGAUUAUUUAUUGUUAAAGAAAAUCAUUGGAGAAAGAAACAGACGGACCCAAACGGAAAACGACCCUGAAACGGAAGAGGACGACGAGAAAGAACGAGCACUUGGAAAGUUUCUGGGACGACUUUAUGAAGAGAUGGAGAAUACCGAUGAUGGUAAUUCAGACAGCAGACGGAAGGGAACUGGAAUCAAACAGAUCCUUGAGGACUACGUCCUGAUUUGGAGUUGCGGGGAUGGGACAACUAGGGCAACACAUGGUGUAGAUUUUAUUCUACACCCGGAUACUGCUAAGAAUGUGUUGGAAACAGAGUUUAUCUCGGAGAGGAUUAUCAAAAUCCGAGUAAGAGGAGAACAAAAGAUCUCAAACUUCACCCAAGCUUAUGCACCUUGCAAUGACUCCUGCAGCGAAGAACAAAAAGAGGAUUUCUUUGAGAAGAUGGCAGACACCAUGGGCACCGUCACAGACAGGGAAGAACUUAUUGUCAUGGGAAAUUUCAAUGGAAGAGUGGGUAAGAGAAGAACACAUAGAGACUAG